AUGACCAUAUCUUAUCUUAUCAUAUCUAAUCUAAUCUAUUCACAAUCAAAUAACUUGUCUUCUUCAUCAGUCACAUCGAAGACACAUGUCGUGGGCGCUAAAGGUAUUUUGGGAAUGGUAGAUGUUUUCAAGGAAGAUUUAGAAAAGAAUAAUGGUUUGUUAAAGCUUCGUCGCCUUCACUCGUUCAUUGCUGCUGAAAAUCAUCACUUUGAGGUCACUCUCCAAUGCCUCAAGGCCAAGAGCAAUACAAUUUACCACACUGUCAAGGAAUUUACCACUCGCCACAUCCGAAUCAAUUCUCACAACCUCGCCCGUGCAUUUCAAACAUUUAGCUUUACUGGUUUCACAGGAGACAAGACGGUCGGCAUGAAGAAGAACUCAUCUGUUUUGAAUCAUUCACUAACACAUGCAGAUGUCUUGGCUGAUCAGCAGAAACUUGAUGGUGAUGAGACAGACGAAGCAGAAUCUGACAUGGAUGGGGAUGAAGCUUGUGGGGUUGUGGGUGGUCUGGUUGACUAUGUCUCUGAGUUGUCAUUGCGUCCGAUUAGUCUUUAG